UAUCUAACCGUCCUGCUCGGGGCAGGGAUGCUUGCUUUUGUCGGUGCAAUCAUUUGCAUCAUUGCAAGCAUCGCCCCGGGUUCCCCGGGAGCUGUCCCUGGUGCUGGAGAUGAAGAGGGAGCCUCGUACAGCACCGACAGGGGCGCUGGAGCUGUCCAUGGUGCUGAAGCGGACAGCCCUCGCCCAACCGCGCCGAGCAAAGCUACUGUCUUCCAAGCCGAGACCGGCAAAGGCUCCAUAGGCUCCGAGCUGGGUCAAGGGUCCGUCCUGGGCUCGGAUUCAGACAUAGGCAUCACCAGUCGCUUCCUCUGCCUGCCUUUAGCCCAGGAUUGCCCUUCUCCAUCGAUCAGGGAAGACCUCCUGCUGCUGAGGAGCACGGCAGAUCAUCUGCGCCAGAUGGUCAUUCAACAGGAACAGCAGAUUCUCAAUGACCAGGAGACCAUCAGAGAACUGACUGGCAAACUCAGCCGGUGUGAGAACGGGCAAGAACUGGACUCUUUCCAAAAUAACCCCGAGGAAUAUGCUUGGGACGCUGGAAGAAACAGCUUGGAAGAUGGCACUGAAGAUUCUGAGCGGACGAUGCAGGAGCUGGAACACUCCGUCUACUCCCUAAGGAACAACAUUGAAAAGCUGGAGCAGGGUCAGCUGCUGACUCAGGGCAAUGUUUCCUCGAUUUCUGCACUCUCUGGCCAACCCCGGGGUCAUAUCUACCUGCAGAUCCAGGAGCUGGAAGCUCAGCUGCUCUCCAAACUCUCAGAACUGGAGAAAGAACGAUCCUUACUGCAGAACAAGAGUGACCGACAGAAGCAUCUCCUGGAGGAGCAGUUGGAGUCCCUUCACCAGCGCAUCGACAAACUGGAAAAAGAAACCGCCGUGUAUAAAUUGCAAGAAGGUUACAAAAUCUCGUUCCCGGUGAGAACGAACUACAUGUAUGCGCGAAUGAAGCAAAGCCUGCCAGAGCUGUACACACUGACUGUGUGCCUGUGGCUGAAGUCUAAGGACACUGUGGGAAUUGGAACCCCAUUCUCAUACGCAGUUCCUGGACAAGCAAAUGAACUGGUUUUACUUGAGUGGGGCAAGAAUCCUAUUGAACUGCUGAUCAAUGACAAAGUGACACGCCUCCCGUUGGAGAUUAAAGAUGGACAAUGGCAUCACGUGUGCAUUACUUGGACAACCAGGGAUGGUGUGUGGGAGGUGUACCAAGAUGGCAAGUGGCAAGGAUCGGGGGAUAAUCUGGCUCCUUGGCAUCCGAUCAAACCUGGCGGGACUUUAGUUCUUGGCCAGGAGCAGGAUGUGGCCGGGGGAAGUUUCGAUGCGACACAAGCUUUUGUUGGCGAGUUGGCAGAAUUCAACGUAUGGGACCGGAUUCUGACUCCAAUGGAGAUCCAGAACAUUGCCAACUGCUCCACCAGCACCGUGGGCAACAUCAUCUCAUGGGAGGGCAGCAGUACCGAGCUGUUUGGGGGGGCCACAAAGUGGCCUUUCCAGAGAUGCAGCGAGAAUAAAGACUCAGAGCAGGAUUAACAGUUGGUCCCUGGCCUGCACUUCACUGAGCCAGACAUGGACCAAGCCAGCUUUCUACAAUCUUUGUCAUUCCUUCAAUUUGCAACAGGCACCUACAGGGGACAGAGCAGCCAGUGACCCUGGGGGCUGAAUUCGUCGCUAAAUGGCUGUGAAAUCGUUGUUCAGUGCUAACAGGAAUUCUGUUUUAAAAAAAACCCCUAAAUUGGCAACAUUAAGAGUGAAAUGGCCAAUAUCCCAGGAAGCUCAACCCAAAGCCCAGAGACAUCGACACUUUCCUGAUUAUGUUUAUACAUGUAUGAUUUCCCUCCUUGGGGCUCAGGAUGAAUGUCCUGAGUAUUUGAUCUGAAAAUGAGCCUUUGUGGGUGCCAUUGCAGCAUGGUAGACCAUUCCAGUGUAGAUAGCAGCAGAGCUAGCUCCUGUAUGGAUCUUUCGGUUUGGGGAAGUGAUAAUGGAUGAGAUUUCCCCUGGGUAUCCUGAUGCCAGAUGUGACUCUCACUCUCUGAAUCAGGUCAUUCUCUGAUCCUUUCACCAGUUCUUUUUUGUUAUAAGGAAAUUUUCUAUUUCUGGUUUGUCAGUAAUUCAUAGCCAGGUGGAAUCUCCCUGCCUCCUCCCCUUUAGCUGAUCUCAUGAUCCUGCACAGUUGACCUUUCUGCUUUUGCCCUCUUUCUGGGGUAGCUGGGGUCUCUGACCAGCCCAGGACACAGUCACUUCUGGUACUCCCAAUCCUUGUUGUCGUCAAUCCUCUGAUAGAUUCUGGACUGAUCCAGGAGUGUCUGAUCCCUGCUCCUGCCGAAAGUUCCCCUCAAUAGCCAAAGUUAAUCCCCAGCCCUCACUGUGUGCACUUCACUCUGUCCCCUUUGGUUCCCAAUGUUUCAGGAAAUUGUUCUGUCGUUUCAAACGUUGAUGUUAAAUGGCCAACACUGUGGAAUAUUAGUGACCUAUGACUCCAGCUGGGGCCAAUAAAACAGGUAGAAGAAUGAUAAAGUACUUCAGGUUCUGGAGAUCUGAAAUAAAAACUGGAAGAACUGGAGAAACUCAGCAAAUCUUGGCAGCAUAUGUGUGGAGACAAACAAAGUUAACAUUUUGAGUCUGAUUAAUCUCUUCUUUGGAACCGUUGCUGCUAGAUCUGACAAGUUUUCCAGCAAGUUCAGUUUUUAUUCCAAUAAAACAGGGUUACAUGUAAGCUGUCGAAACCAGCCAGGACCCAUCGCUGUAUAGGUCUGGGGAUAUACCGAGAAUAGGAUGGAGGAGGUGGUCACUAUCACUGCGAUUUAUCACUGGCUUGUUUUCUGUGGCCUUUAUUUUUGCUGAUGUCACAAUUGUUGCCAAAGUUUUAACAGUUGCAAAUGUUUAAGUCAUGUUUGGUUUGAACAGCUGUGAGGUGUGGUGGAGCAGCCACAUAAAUGUCUUGCUCAGAGACUUGAUUCCCACGAAGGAUUAUCUGCCUCAUGAACUGGCUGAAGUGGCAUCACAACACAGGAGAGUUAGUACAAACACAUAAAAAUCAGGAGCAGUAGGAGGCCACUCAGCCCCUCGAGCCUGCCCUGUUAUUCAAUAAGAUCAUGGCAGAGAUAGUAGGAACUGCAGAUGCUGGAGAAUC